AUGCGCAGAAAUCGACUCACUGUGUCAUCCACAGCUCUAGUGCUGUACGAACACGUAGCGACGUUCUCUCAAGAAGUCCAGCUCAUGUGGUUUGCUAAGACAAGUCUUGCGACCGUAUUGUUUUUUAUCAACAGAUAUGUGCUGCUAUUAUCCGCGACCCUCAGUAUGCUCGAAGUAUUCAAUGUAAGCAGGAACGCGCGCAAGGUUCUUCUUGUGUCGCAAGGCAUCUGUGUCAUUGUAUCCCUUGCCACAUGGGCAGCGUUCGUGAUGCUCCGGGUCUAUGUCAUGACCGCCCGCAAAUGGCUCCCAACCAUACUCUCAUUGUUGUUGGGACUGGUUCCUUUUGCUGUCAACCUCGUGAGUGUAUCCUUCAAAAUCAAGCGUAUGAUGACGACCCUGUAUUACCUUCAUCAGGCUGCGCUUGCCGAGUCGUGUUUUGUCCCAGGAUUGGCACCAGACAUUGGCCCCAACAUCGGCUUCGUGUUGAAAGCACCUCUUGUAACCAGUCAUAUGUUUGUGCAUAAUUAUAUGGAGUGUAUCCUGCGCAGGCUAAUUGCGACCAUCAGAUGUGAGGAAACUUGA